AACAACACCAAUGAUGAACACAACACCAGUGAUCAACACAACACCAGUGAUUACAACACCAGCAACGACUACACCAACGACAACACCAAUGACAACAACAACAAUGGCAACACCAAUGACAACAACAACAAUAGCAACACCAAUAACGACAACACCGACGACAACAACAACGACAACGACAACACCGAUGACGACGACAACCCCAGUAACGACAACAGUGUCAGUGACAACAACAUCAGCAAACGUUCCAGUUCAAGAGGAAAAUUUGACCCUUACUAUAAACAUUGUUUUCGAUCCUGCAUACAGCGAUAUGAGCAGUCCAGUUUACCAAAGCAUUGAUAAUGCUAUUCAAACACAAUCCAAGGCACACAUCCCAAAUCUACGUUCAGCACAGAUAAUUGGCUUCAGUCCCUACAAGGUUGAGUUUCUGGGAAUUCCUUCUGCAGGUACAGAAUUUGUAUGUGAUGAUCGAAAAUUUGGUGUUGGAACUUUAGAUUUCAAGGCUGUAGCAGAGUGUGAAGACAACAAGGUGGGAGAAAGGACAGCAGUUUGUAUGGCGAAUGGUAAAUUUGAAGAUCAACAAGACAGCUGUGUUCUUCAGCCCGUCCAAGAUCUGCUCGAGCAGUCUGAGUUUUUGAACAACAAUUCACUGCCAGGAUUCUUGGACCACCUCAGCAACGUCACGAUCAACUUCACUACAGAAGUUACUGAAUCUCCUGCAUCCAUUACUGCCAUUGUUGGCAUCCUCAACAACAUAGCCAACACAUCUUCAUUAACAAAUAUCACAAUAAGUAGGACUACAAUGGAGGAUGUUCUGUUGACUGUGGGUGUUCUCACCACUGCAAGGAACUCAUGGGACAUUCUAAACGCCAACGACACCAGAAACAGCUCAUCAACAAGAAGGAACAGUCCCCCAGCUGAAAGUGUCAGCUCAAUAUUAUUGCAGUCUCUUGAGACGAUAACACGACGCCUUACCAAUGACACAUUCAACAUUGAGACGCCUUCCAUUCUGUUGAACAAAACUACCUUCAACAACACGUUUAAUGCUGACUUUAAUUCAUCAGUGGAGAUAAACAUAACAGAGCCUGAGGGAGGAAAUGCAUCAAUCACUGUGUUAACAUUUGCCUCAAUGGACAACGUACUUCCUGCAAGAAACGAAACCAACUCAUCUCUUAACAUUAUCAACGGCAGAGUUGUACUUGUUCAGUCAAAUACCAACAUCAGUAACAUUUCUUUCGUGUUUGACAUUAGAAACAACAGCUUGGUGGAUCCAAAGUGUGUUUUCUGGAACUUCAGCCUCUUUAAUGGUCUUGGAGGGUGGGACGAUGAGGGCUGCAUGUUGGGACCCAACAACGACAAUAAAACUGUCACCUGCAACUGCAAACACCUGACCUCGUUCUCCAUCCUGAUGUCUCCCUACAGUCGAGAUGACCCUGGAUUGGACUAUGUAACCUACAUUGGAGUUGGAAUAUCCAUGGCAUCCUUGGUCAUAUGUCUCAUCAUUGAAGCUGUCAUUUGGAGAAAAAUAAGGAAGAACAACACAUCCUACUUACGUCACGUCUCCAUUGUUAACAUCGCUGUAUCCCUCCUUACCGCAAAUAUUUGGUUUAUCAUUGGGGCAGCCAUUUCUGAUGCAGAGGAGAAAAACCCACCAGCUUGCUCUGCAGCUACCUUUUUUAUCCAUUUUUUCUACCUAGCCCUGUUCUUCUGGAUGCUAGCCUCAGCUUUGCUGUUGCUCUACCGUGCAGUCAGUGUAUUUGAAGGGGGGUUGUCUAAAAGAUCCAUGUUGGCUAUUGGAUUCUGUCUAGGCUAUGGGGCACCUCUCAUCAUUGCAACCAUAACCAUAGCUGUAACUGCACCCGAAGGAACAUACAUUCGAGAUUCUGGGGUCUGCUGGCUCAACUGGGAACCGUCCAGGGCUCUACUAGCAUUUGUGAUCCCUGCACUGUUAAUAGUGGUGAUAAACUUCAUGAUCCUGCUUGUGGUGAUGUACAAAAUUUUGAGGAGAAGGGUCGCAGGGGACGCUACACAAGCAGGUGAGAAGCAUGCUCUUGUGGUCAUUGCCAGGAGUUUGGCUGUGCUCACACCAUUUUUUGGAUUAACUUGGAGUCUGGGAGUCGGAACUGUGGUUGCCCCAAACAAUACUGCAAUCCAUUAUUCAUUUGCAUUCUUCAACUCACUGCAGGGUUUCUUCAUAUUGGUGUUUGGAACACUUUUGGACAAAAAGGUACAUGGCGGGUUUAUCUGUUAA